AGCCAUUCCAUUUUUGUUUACAUUUAUUUACGAUUUUUUACAAUUCAUGUAUUAAUUCCGCAAUUGAUUUGCAAUUUGCUUUUGUUGACUGUUUCUGUCCUAUAUUGUUCUAAAUUUAAUCAAUUUCUAAACCACUCAACUACAAUCAACCACUUAUAUCAAUCGAUUCAACGUCCUCACUUUCUCGCAAUCAAAGAUGUCUACUAGCGACUGGGAUACAGUUACCGUUCUUAGGAAACGACCACAGAAGCCAGCUUCAAUGAAAACAAGUAAGGCAAUAAAUGCUGCUCAAAAACAAGGAAUACCUAUUGAGACAUCAAAGAAAUUCAAUGCUGCUACAAACAAACAGCAUGGAACCACCUUGAAUACCGCAAAACUUGACCGAGAGACUGAAAAUCUCCACCAUGAUACAGUUCCCCUUGAUGUUGGUAAAUUGAUUCAGAAGGCACGUCAAGAUAAAGGUUGGACCCAGAAAGAUCUUGCAACCAAAAUUUGUGAAAAAGUUCAAGUUGUAACUGAAUAUGAGAACGGUAAAGCCAUUCCAAAUCAACAGGUUCUCGCUAAAAUGGAAAGAAACCUCGGCAUGAAGCUCAGAGGAAAGGAAAAAGGCCAACCACUUAGCAAGAAAUAAUAAUCAACUAAAUAAAGAACGAAAAUUAAAUGAAUCUGCAAAUAAUGAAUAUUGAUACAUUAUAAUGGAUCAAAAUGAUUAAGCUGAAAAUUUCUGAUUCACUGAUUCAAUAAAAUUGUUUUUUAAGACAAGAAAUUAGUAAA